GACUAGUUCACAGCUUCACUGUAAAAGGCCGGGCUUUGGAGCCCGCUGUAAGUCGUCCAUGGACAUGCCGGCGGUGCGGGCCUAUGCGGAGCGGUGCUUCGCGUCCUGCAGCGGCGACGGCGAGCGCAGCGUCAUGCAGCGCAAGCUGCACGCCAUCAUCUCGGGCGCGCUAGCGAACGGACGAGUGCGAGAAAUUGACUGGGCGUCGGCGCCGGCGCCGCCCCUCGACCGGCCCGAGGAGCCCGCGCCGAAGCGGCGGCGCCAGCACCGCGGGGCGGCGCCGCCGGCGCCGGCGCCCGACGCGAGCGAGCAGCGGGCGCGCGCGGCGCGCGCGUCGCGGUUCCGCGACGACGGCCGCGCGAAGAGGUCGCGCGCCGCGACGCCGUCGGCGGCGCGCGCGCCGAUCGUCGGCACGUGCGAGGCGCUGGAGAAGGACUACCUGCGGCUUACGGCGGCGCCAGACGCGGCGACGGUGCGGCCCGAGCGCGUGCUCCGCGCGGCGCUCCAGCGGCUCAAGGAGCGGUGGCGCGGCGGCGACGUCGACUACGCCUGGGCGUGCAACCAGCUCAAGGCCAUCCGCCAGGACCUGACCGUCCAGAACCUGCAGAACGCGUUCACGGUCCACGCCUACGAGACGCACGCGCGCAUCGCGCUCGAGUCCGGCGACCUGAACGAGUACAACCAGUGCCAGACGCGGCUCGGCGAGCUCCACUCCGCGGACUCGCCGCACCGCGCCGAGUUCCUCGCGUACCGCAUCCUCUACUACGUGCACCUCGGCCACUCGAAGAGCACGGACGCGGCGGACCUCGAGCUGCUCCGGACGCUCGCGGAGCUGCCCGAGAAGCUGUGGGACGCGCCGGCCGUCGCGCACGCGCUCGCGGCGCGCGCGGCGCUCGCGCAGGGCAACGCCGUCGCGUUCCUCCGGCUGCACCAGAGCUGCCCCAACAUGGGCGCCUACCUGCUGGACGCCGUCGCCGACGCGGUGCGGACCGACGCCGCGGCCCGGGUCCUCCGCGCGUUCCGGCCGACCGUGCCGCCGGCGUGCCUCGCCGCGCAGCUCGGCUUCGACGACGCCGGGGAGGCGCGGGCAUUCGCCGCACGCCUCGGCUUCGUCUUCGACGCGCGGGGCGACUGCCUCGUCCGGGAGAGCCGGUGCGACCCCACGAAGCUCGACGAAAAGAAGAAGUCGUCGCUCCUCUAACAACGCCGUAGUAUG